UACAGUCAACCCAUUGCCAGCGAAUCAGCAGACAACAACUGGAGGGGAAAAACCAGCACAGAACAAACUAGAAAACGAAAAGACCACAAUCUCAACAGAAACCAACCUCAAACCACAACAGCAUGUCAUUCCUCAAACCACGAUUGACAAUAACCAACAGACUACUAUUCCAGCAACAACCACUCAAGCUAACUCACAACAACAACCUCCAAUUCACACGAUCAAUCGUAUCAUGUCUACGCUCAAGACCUACCAACAGCUCGCUCAUUAUGCGAACGAACUCAGCACAACGUUGGUUCUCCUGCUCAAAUCAGACCGCAAACCAGGCCAAUCGACUGUCCAUCUUCCAGCAAACUAAAACCAACAGCAACUACAGACAGAUCUUUAUCGCUUCCGCUGGUCUGGUCGGAUCGCUGGUUCUACUGGAUGGAUUUCUCAAUCGAGAUAAGAGGAUCGAGCCACUCAGCGCCGCACAAAAAGACUUGCUGAAUUCAAGCUUUCAACAUACCGGAGUCGGCUUAGCAAUCACCUCUGUCCUGGCCCGAUACAUGUUUAAGAAUGGAUGGACGAUGCGGAUGAUGAUGGUGAACCCAUUAGUCUUCGUUGGAGUUGGAUUCUUGGGCACCAUAGGCUCGAUGCUCGGCACCCGUUACACCUCUCCAGACAACACGGCCCAGAAGUACGGCUUCUGGCUGACCUUCACGGCCUGUCAAGCCGCCGCCCUCUCACCCAUGUACUUCUACGCCCCCGCCAUCCUGUCUCGCGCGGCACUCUACACCGUCGGCGUCAUAGGCUCGCUCUCGUACGUCGGCGCAACAGCCAAAAACGACCGGUUUCUCUACAUCGGCGGGCCGCUCUUGGCUGGUGUCUCCGUCGUGGCUCUUAGCUCCCUCGCUCCACUCGUCUUGCCGGCCACCGCCGCUAGAACUCUCAUGAUCACCGAAUCGAUCUCCCUGUAUGGAGGUCUGGCCGUAUUUUCAGGAUUUGUCUUAUACGAUACACAAAAAAUCUUAAAUCAUGGACUGUUGGUCGAACAAGGAAGGAUGAAACCAGAUCCGGUCAAUGAAUCAGUCGGGUUAAUUAUGGACUCGAUCAAUAUUUUCAUUCGAAUCGUUCAAAUCCUCUUGAUGCAAUCCAAUAACCGGAAAUGAGUGGAUCUUGAUGACCACGCUCAAAACCAAACUGGCUAUGAUUUUACCUUACCCCUUACAUCUGCAUUUCAAUAGUUAAUACAUAUGGAUACAUGAAGAAAAAAAAAACCUCAUAUCUUCUUUU